AUGUAAAAAAUAGAAAGAAUGAAAGUAGAUUUGAAAGAAUAUAAGAAUGAUUAUUAAAAAAGAUCACAUACGAUGAGGAUGAACUUUAUACAUUUGAAAAUAUGAAAUGUUUAAAAAAGAAUAAGAUCGUCAUAAUAAGUUAAAAAUAUAACGAAAUUCAAAAAAUCUGGUUCUCAAGAUGUCGAUGAUGCGCCGAUAGAGAAGAAAAGACCUUUUAUGUUAUGUAAAGAUGCAGGCGCCACCAUUGCAAGGCAAGGUUUCGGAGGGUGGCAAUACUAAUGGGUGGUGGUAGUGGUGGAGGGUGCUGCCGGUGGAAAGCGGGAAAGCUCCGAGUAUUCGUGACCAGCUACAGUUCAUUCCGGCCUUGCUAGUUGUGUGAGCGACAUCAUAACGUGUAGCUCCAAGAGAAAAAACGUAUUUGAUGCGUGAUAUCGAGAGAAGAUACAUUAGAAGCAAAGCUAUCGCGAUCGUGUAUUCAUUAUGAGAGUUCGAAAAGCAUUCGUUCGUAUAAAUUACACGUGUAUCAAUACGAUCAAUCAAAAAAGAAUAUCUUCGUCAUUAGAGAACGAUGAUGCUCGUGGUGCUCGAAUAUUGGUCGCAGAGGUUCCUUCGUUCGGUGCCGGUCGUUGAUCUCUCUAAGGUACCUCGAACGAAUCUCGUUGUCUCAGACGCGCGCGCGCGAGCAUCGACCGAUCCUUUCUCCCUCUCUCUCUCUCUCUCUCUCUCUCUCUCUCUCUCUCUUUUUCUCUCUCUUUCCCUCUUUCUCUCUCUCUCUCUCUCCCUCACACCCCCUCUCUCUCUUUUUGUUUUUCUGGUGGAUCAUUCAAUGCGAUCGGUGAUAAUCGUAAUCGGAAGUUCUAUAGAAACAACAAAAUAUCAUAAAAAAAAUAUUAGCAGGAAAUCAUAAGAAAAAUUCUUACGAUUCAUAUAACUCUUUUAAACAGUUAUUUUUUACUUAGAAAAGAAAAAAAUGAUCGCAAAUCUCGUGAUGAUCAAAGAUAGAAAGAAAAUUACCCGUCACUCACCUUUUGUUCUCUUCUUCGCAUUUUUCGCGUUCAUAGUCUGACGUCAAUAUCGAUAAAACGAUGCAAUGAUUAAAUAUACGAUGUAAUCUCACGUUUCUCCCCAUCGUUACGGGCUCCUCACGUUCCUCAUGCAAACGACAGUGACGGACGAAAGAAGAGGAGAAAGAAAGAGUACGACGCGGCUUAAUGGUUCGUUAGUUAGAGAAAUAACGUAAAAGGUGGAUCUCGGAUGUAAAACGUCGAACAGCUGAUAUUGCUGCGCGCCAUUCAAGAGUGCAAAUGACAAGGUUACCGUGACGGAAUGUGAACGGAAUAACACGACAUAGGCACGGUUUAAAUAUAAAAUUAAAUCGAACCGUGACGGUGAAAGUGAGUUAACGAUGACGGAUAGUAGAAGAGAGAUGAAAAAUCGAACAAUGGAUGCGUCAUCUCGACGAAUUUCUAUCGUCGAAAUGCAUCGACCUUACGUGUUACAAUCAUCGCGUACAAUGACCCUUGUCGAUGUUGAGGAGAUCAGUGAUUCGAUGUUUCCCUGUACAAACUGAGUAAAGAUCAGAGAAUACCUAAAGAUACUCAGGCAUGAACAAUGGUAUUGAUAGCUUGAAAUCUUUUUUCUCUUUUCAAUGGAUCAAUGCGAUAUUUCGAUCGACGAGGAGGAAGUAGUAGAAGAAACGGAUCGCUUUCGGAUACGAAAAAGUUACUACUCAGUUAUAGUCGGGUUAUUGAAAACAGCAAAAGAAAAAGAAAAAAUACAGAAGCGAAGGUGAUUGGCUAUUGGAAAGAUUAAAGAAGACAUAAGAAAAAAAGAAAGAAAGAAAAAAAGGAAAUGGAAUUGAACGGUACAAUGGAAGAGGAUUCUGCUAAUAUCACUGAUCUACCGGGUCAACUGCCGAAUAUUCUGAUCGACACCGGACAAAGUAAAGAGAAUGAGACUUACGAACGUGCGGAGAAUAACGAGAUCGAGCACGUGCUUGUGUUGACGGCAAAGGCAACUGUGAUGGGCUUCAUUAUUCUUUGCGCUCUCUUCGGCAAUCUGCUUGUAAUCGUUUCCGUAAUGAGGCACCGUAAGCUACGAGUUAUUACCAACUACUUCGUUGUCUCACUGGCGUUGGCCGACAUGCUUGUCGCGAUUUUCGCGAUGACUUUUAACGCCUCAGUCGAAUUGUCUGGCAAGUGGCUCUUCGGUUAUUUUAUGUGUGAUGUCUGGAACUCCCUCGACGUCUUCUUCAGUACCGUGUCGAUCCUCCAUCUCUGCUGCAUCAGCGUAGAUCGUUAUUAUGCCAUCGUUCAACCACUUGAUUAUCCUCUAAUCAUGACAAAUCUUCGACUCGGCGCGAUGCUCAGCGUCGUUUGGUGCUCGCCGACGGUGAUGAGCUUCCUUCCUAUUUUCGCCGGGUGGUACACAACCGAUAAACAUCUCGAGUACCGAAAAAAAUAUCCCGAUGUGUGCGUGUUUCAAGUGAACAAAUUGUAUGCGGUGAUCAGCUCAAGUGUAAGUUUCUGGCUACCUGGGAUUAUCAUGAUCGCGAUGUAUUACAAGAUUUAUCGUGAGGCCGAUCGUCAAGAACGAAUGCUAUAUCGCAAAGUGGCGGCGGCUCUUUUAAAUAAACACAUGCGAUUUAAUGGUAUUUCUGCGGGUCUUACAUCAUUACCCACAAUAGACCAAUCGUCACAUGAUCUUCAACCGGAAGAGCCACCAAUCACCAGCAGUAGCAAGAUGAAACGAGAGAGAAAGGCAGCCAGAACACUCGGGAUCAUCAUGUCAGCGUUUUUAGCUUGCUGGCUUCCCUUCUUUCUCUGGUACAUCAUCACAUCUCUCUGCGAUACCUGCGAAUGCGGUGAUAUUGUAGUCGCUGUAGUCUUUUGGGUAGGCUACUUUAACAGCGCAUUGAAUCCAUUGAUUUAUGCAUACUUCAAUCGCGAUUUUCGAGCUGCAUUCAGAAAAACACUAGAGAGUUGCUGCGCAGCAAUAGGACCAGUACGAGAUCUAAGAAAAAGUCACAAAAAACAAGACUUGGUACAUAGCAACGCGUCAUCGGAGCUUCACGUUAACAAUCAGUUAAGGACCAGUGAAAUGACGAACGUGCAUAUCGAAGCAUGCAUUUAAAUCAAUCAUUGAGAAAUGAUAUCCUUGAAAAACGAAAAAUAACAUUCGAAAGAAACGUAUAAAUAUCAAAUGCAAUAUAUAAAUUAAGAAAGCAUUUUCAUCAUCAGCAUUUGGUUCAGAAUCGAUCGAUCUUGAAAAUCUGUUUUUGUAUAUCAAAAAUAGGAUACGUUUGCUUACAGUAUCUUAUUAAUUGAGAUUUUUUUUAAUUGUCUUCUCUCUAAAAUUGCAAACGAGUAUUUACCAAAGAGAUAAUUAUCAAUUAUUUGAUAGUUGUUUGAUUUAUUCGUGGACAAUCAUCUCCAAGAAUGAAUGAAAUGAGCAAAAGAAUUCAUUGGAAACUGUCUGUUAUUUUUUUCGCACCACACUGCUUAAAAGAAAUUUCUUUGAAGGUACCUCUACAUUUUGAAUGAAAAAUGAAAAAAAAAAUAUAUUAACUGAAACUUUGCAGUCGAGUUAAAACAGAUAACAAAACAAUUUACACUAGGAGAAACGAUAUCAAAUAUCUUGGAUACUUACAUCUAAAUCAAAUUAUUUUGGUUAUCGAGUGAGAAAUACAAAUCUAAAUUCCAAACAUCUAUCCUAGGGAUUCUAUCCCGAUAGCUCUAUCCGGUUCGUAAAUAAGGUUUCUGUCGAGAUAGAUUAAUGACCCGAUUUCAAUAAUAUGUCAACAAUGAAAACGAUAAAAUCUGAAUGAGAGCAAUUUUGCAAGAUCAUUUCUUCUGACUAAAGAAACAUAGAUAUUUAUGAAUAUCAAAGCAUGACUAUAAUCAGAGAUAAACAUACAUAUUGAAUCUAUGCCGUAUGCAGUAUAUACGGUAAGCAACAUGGAAGAGGCCAUUAAAUCAACGCGAAAUGAAUCUAUCAAAGGACCGGCCGUCUCUUUCGAAAGAGGACACCUUCAUAUCGAUCGUAAGCUACCAUUUUCGUGCUCUUAUUCUCACGUAAAGUUCGAACUAAAUAAAAAACUUUUCAACACCCACAAAAACCCUUCAGACCUUUCGCGAAUGAGAAGAAGGUAAAGAAAAUUCGCAACAGUCGGUACGUUUUAGGCUGAAUAAUUGGAAACCCGAAUGACUUGAAAAUUAUUUAAGAACAAAGAAUUUCAAUUUACCAAGGGCAUUAAUAGUAUAUGCAUACGUCAAGAGCCGUUAAUAGUAGGUAAAGAGUGAAAUGGUCUAUCGUCAAGUCAAUCUAAAGUAACUGUCUAAUUUUUACUGACACGAGGGGCCCCUCGAAGGAAAAUUAAAGGAAAAAGAUGGAGAAAUCGAUUAGGAGCAAAUGUAUUUUUCGACUGACCAAAAAUUGUAAGUAAUAUUAUUGAUUAUGAAUGUUAAAAGAUUUAAUUAGUAAAUAAAGGGAAAAAAUGUUCAUCUUAUACCUAGUCAUUUAGCGAGAACGUGUAUUUAAAGAGAAUGUUAGCGCGAACAAAAACAAUGGAGAAAUUUUAGUGACAUUAAAUAAAAUAUAAAAAAUGCGAAGUAUUUCUUUUGUACGUGAUAGAUCGAUCUU